UUCCACUCAAAACGCAGUAGUAGUGAGAGAAACUGAAUUGAGAAAAGAAAAUGGCAGAAGAAAUUUUCAACUUUCUUGCUGAAACAAAAGAUUUAAACUCAUUUGAUGAGUUCGAAGAAAUGUGGGUUAAGAUAGGCGAAGAGUUGGAAAAAUCGGCGUGCCCACCUUCGCCUCAGAGAGUAGUCACCGUGACACCGGUGGUUCCUAAAGAAAAGACAUUAUCCCUGGAACCGACGUAUUCUCCGGCGCAUGAUGAGAAUUGGCCACCGGCCACUGUGUCUGUGGUAGCUGAGGAGACAGGGGAGAAGAACUUCCAGUACGUGGAAGAUUCAAUUCUCACCUCUUUCAGGUAAGCUAAAUUUACAUAUUAUUAAAACAUUUGUAUAAUUUAGCUACAACGGAAAGUUGUUGCGUCAAGUUCAA